AUGCAAACCAUUCGUAACACAAAUAAAGUAUCAGUGGAAGCUUUGCGUGCACAACUCUCUACCUUGGGGCUAGAUCCUCAUGGACGUAAAAAAGAACUGACUAAACGAUUGAAGCGUUACUUGAAUCCGAUCAAUGAAUUUUCAACCACUACCAAUAAUGGCAACAACAAUAAAGGUUCCUCGCAGUUUCCAAAUGACAAAUACGUAACAAAAGAUAAAAACUCGAAUGAAACAUUUACACAAACUGCCCCGUCACUAUCACCACCACCAGCAGACCUAAUUCAUCCUGAUCAAGAAUUUGAAGAAGACGAAAAGCCUAUUGAAUUCUAUAUAUCCUCGAAAUCAAAUCCUAAGCCUCAACCAUUCGAACAUUACUUAUGUUUUGAUGUUGAAGCUACUUGUGAAGAAGGCGGCACCUUCAAUUACUUCCACGAGAUAAUAGAGUUCCCGGUUCUCUUAAUAGACAGUAAGAACUUUGAAGUCGUUGAUGUCUUUCACUCGUACGUGAAACCAAGUGUGAAUUCUACGCUGACAGAAUUUUGCAAAAAGCUAACCGGAAUACCACAGUCUACCAUUGAUGCAAGUCCGUCGUUUCCAGAGAUGUUGAGUGAUUUUCAGCUAUUCCUGCAUCGUUAUCAGCUCUUCUAUGGAAGUACUUGUGCAUUUGUAACUGACGGCCCAUGGGACAUUCGAGAUUUCAUCCGUAAACAAUGCAACGUCUCACAAAUCUCACGACCGUCCUACUUCACACUUCCGUGGGUUGACAUACGAAAACUCUUUGCCGAGACAUACAACCGCGAAAGAUGCAACAUCACAGCCAUGCUAGCUCACUAUGGCCUGCAAUUUGACGGACACCAGCACUCCGGGAUUGCCGAUACGCGAAAUAUGGCGGUGAUCGCGAAGCGUCUUUGGCAGGAUGGCGCAGUGUUUAUGCCGAAUAGUGAGCUGCCGAAGAAUGAGCAUUCGAAAAAAAAGAAUGGUGCUAGAAAAAAGCCAAAGUGA